GAGCCGUGUCGGAACUCGAAUCGCUUGAAUAGGAGUUGUUCAAAUUGUAUUCCAUACUAUAUACUCUACUACAAGUAUAGUAUACUACUCUAUUUGCACAAGUGAUCGUGAUCGUAUAGGAAACGCGUCAGGCAGGCAGGCGGAUAAAGAAAAUAUAACCAAAUAUUUGGCAUUAUGUGCGACGACAACAAGUGUAAAAAAAAACAUCAAUUGUUUGGUGCUCUGCUCUGUUGAUUGUUGAAACCAAUGCAAACGGUGCGGCUGCCUCUGGUUGUGCUGCUGCUGUUACUCCUGCUCCGGCCAAUCUCUGGCAAGGCCAUCGCCAGCACUAACGACGCAGGUGCUCGCAUUGUGGGCGGCACUCCGGUGGACAUCGGCUCUGUGCCGUAUUUGAUCAAUUUGCGCGUCGGUGGCGCCUUCAUUUGUGGCGGCUCGCUGGUCACUCCGACGCAUGUUGUAACCGCAGCUCACUGUGUCAAGGGUGUCUCGGCUUCCCGGUUAGAGGUGGUGGGUGGUGCCACAUUGUUAACGGAUGCCACUGGCGUAAAACGUGGUGUAGCCAAGGUUUAUACGCCCAAAGCGUAUAACAUACAAACACUGCACUCGGAUGUUGCUGUGCUGAAGUUGAAGUCGCCACUGCAAGGCAACAACAUUGCCACAAUUGGGCUGUGCAACUCCAGCUGGAAGGUGGGCGAACUGAUCAAGGUCUCUGGCUGGGGACAGAUCACCGAGAGCAACAAACGCGUCUCGCAGCAUGUGCGCAGCGUUGAGGUGGCGCUCAUCUCACGCAAGAAUUGCAUAAGUCAGUACAGACUGCGUGGCACGAUUAGCACAAGCAUGUUUUGUGCCUCGAUGCCGGGCAAGGAUGCCUGCGAUGGCGAUUCGGGCGGACCAGCUGUCUACCAGGGCCAACUGUGCGGCAUUGUGUCGUGGGGCAUCGGCUGUGCACGACGCAAUUCCCCAGGUGUUUAUACAAGUGUCAAGACUGUUCGAAGUUUCAUAGAUAAGGCUUUAAACCUCUAGACUCUAGACCGCAUAAACAACUUGUUCAUUAAGCUUAAUUUAAGCCAGGGUCGAAACCUAGUAUUGAAAAUCUUAAUAUAACUGAGCCAUGUUAAGAUCUAAAGCAUAUAAGUUAUGUACAGCAUGAAUUAAAAUUCUUAAAAAGCAGAGUUUGAUUUGGAAAUAAAUAUUAAACCUUAGGUAGAAACUUUUUUAAAUCGUUAUUGAGCCAAGGCUCAACUAUAAAUCUUGCAAAGAACCCAAUCUUGGUGUAAAAUUCGAAUUCUAACACAUAACUCGAACUAAAUCAGAACGGUUCAAGGUUUGCAAUGGUGAUAAAAAUCGGAUUAUAAUUAAAAUGCAGUGCGAUUCCACUUACCGCUAUUGCGCAGCUCCACGGGCACGCUGAUGUGUACGCCCACAUUCUGCAGAUAGACAUUAUAUGGAUUGCUAAUUGUGCUCACAACUGGAUAGUAUUCAUUGACCAGCAUUGUUGUCGUGGUUGUUGUAGACGUUGAUGUUGUUGUGCUGACUGGAGCAUCGUUCACUCCAUGGCCAAGGUUCGUUUGCGUGCUCAAAUGGAAACUGCAAUGGAAAUGCAACAGACCGUUAAAUGAUACGCCAGCCAGCUAAUAAUAAUAAUAAAUGCUUUUAGGGCUUCCUGUACGAAGCGUUUUGACCUACGUGGGCGCAAUAUAGCAAAUUGGAUUGAUUGUCACAUUGUCAUCAAGAUCGCGACUCCGCGUGUGAUGCCGAAACGCUUGGCGUGUAUAGUUGGCGCUGCACGUGAGUAGUGCUCCAAUUUGAUCGGUGCCCAUGUACGCCUCCAAGCGCACAAUGCGCAGCUGGGUGUUCUCGUUGAACUGAUGCGCCUCUGUGCUGCACAGCAGCUGAUAGUAACAGCCCGGUUCCAAGCGCAUGUUCUUUUCGUACGUCUUCAGCUCAAGUUUAUCGGCUUGUUGACUCUGCCGCAAUUGCAGUAGAUUUGCAAAACACAUGUAUUUGAGUGCCUCCAGCUUGUAGCUAUUUUGCGGAUUGCUCGCAUCGGCGAGCAGCACAUGGAAGUUGCGUAUGCGCAGUGGCACAUCGGUGAGCACGCUGUGCAUAAUUGGAAAUAAUUAAUAAACUUAUCUGGCUGUAAUUAGACAGUAUUGGCAACUCACCGCACUAUCAAAUGCAGUUGCAGCACAUCGUGGUUGUUCAAUUGCACUUGUUGGAAUGUUGCACAAAGCUCUAGCACAUCGCUGACCUUGUCCAAAUCAAUUUGAAUCGGCGACUUGACGCCAGCCAACGCACUGCUCCACAACGCUUGUAGUUCGGGUGUCAGUUGUGUUUGUGGCAUUGGUGGCACGCUUUGAAAGACUUGCCACAGAUUUUCCAGCAGCAGUACGCGUUCCUUUUGAUCACCAUGAUGACGCAGCGACAAUGCCUCAAUGCUGCAGGCGACGUAGUCUGCAACAGAGGCGGAAAGUAGCGCGCAACGAAGUGUUUUCAACAACACAUCGCUAAAGAUUGUGGACCACUUCUCCUCACGGUAAUCGGGCAGCAUUAGUGAGUAUAAACUAUUCAUUCCAGAAACAAAUUAUUAGUAAGAAUUAUUAAUAAUAAAGGAGUUACUCACGUCAAGGCCUUGGCAUGAUCGCCACUUAACAGAUA